GUUAAUGCAUUACAUGAAUUGUAGAAUUAAAUUACAUAUCAAUUUGAUUUCCAGUGUUCAGCAAGUGAUGCAGUAUUCAUGACAAUAGUUUCUGCAAGACAAAGAGCGCUGGAAUUCCUGAAGAGGAAGUAUCCAGGGAAAGAUGAGUUCGACCUGGUCACUAAGCUUGUUGGCUACACGAGUAGGGAAGCUCACAGCUGCAUGCAGAAGGGAGCCAAUUUGGCAUCGUGCAGAAUACGAGUAUUGACCCCAAAUAAAAUGAAUAAGAUGACAGGAGAAAUUCUUGAGAGGGCAAUAAAGGAAGAUUUGCAUAAUGGGCUGGUGCCAUUUUUUGUGGGUGCUACUGUGGGUACCACAGGCACCACAGCCUAUGACAAUAUCUGGGAGAUAGGAGCCGUUUGUAAACGUAAUCCUCUCAUUUGGUUCCACGUGGAUGCUGCAUAUGCGGGAGCUGCCUUUGUGUGUGAAGAAUUCCAACACUUAUGUGGAGGACUGGACUACGCAGACUCUGUCAAUGUGAAUGCCAACAAGUGGAUGCUAGUGUGUUAUGACUGCUCUGGCCAUUGGGUGAGAGACAGAUACAUGUAUACACACGGUAUAGUAAUCACUCCUGUCUACUUAUCCAACGAAAUCCCGGGAAUCAUCGACUACCGUCACUGGCAAGUUCAGCUUAGCAGGCGAUUCCGUUCUCUAAAGCUCUACUUCCUAUUCAGAGUGAUAGGCGUCAAGAUGAUUCAAGAAUACGUAAGAAAUCAUGUGAGACUGGCCAAGUACUUUGAGGAUCUUAUAUUAACCGACAAGCGGUUCACGGUCACAAGUGAAGUUCAUCUUGGAUUGGUCUGCACGCGACUUGUCGGCGAUGACAUUUUGACAGAGCAUCUUGUUGCCUUCAUCAACGCUCUUGGUAAAAUUCAUGUGACCCCAACUAGAGACAAAGGACAAUAUGUGAUGAGACUCUGUAUAACAUAUGAGUUUGCUACAAAGGAACAUGUUCUGUGGAGAUGGACACACAUUCAAGAAUGUGCUAACGAGGUUAUAAAUAUGCAGAAACAGUUUCCGAACUUGCUGCCUUCAAGAAGAUUGUCCUAUAAAAGGAAAAGUAGUGUCUCCUAUUCUAAAAGUAGCGUCUCUUCUAAAUUGUCAAAUUCUAAAACUUCAAUAAAAAUUAACUAAACUAUCAUUCAUAUAACACAAUUCCAUCACAUAAACUUUGAGACACGAUCGAAAAUUGUAGAUUACUUUCGAAAAUGAUGAAGCUAAAAUUUUUCAGUUUUUGGAUGGAAACACAUUCAAGAAUGUGCUACCGAGGUUAUAAAUAUGCAAAAAGAGUUUCCAAAUUUGCUGCCUUCAAGAAGAUUGAGCUUCGUCGUACCUGUCAAUUCUGUGACAGUGAGAGCUCUCAAUGCACUCACGAGAGACGCAGCCGACCCGAUUCCGGUCGACCAAGACACGUGGAGUGUGGUCCCUCGUGACCAUGACAUCACUCACCAUGGAACAUACCGGGAUACAUAUCGUCUUACCAACCGCGAUACAUACCGUGAAGCGUACCAGUGAGUCUCUUGGCUCAUUUCCAGCCUCCAAUUUUUCGAGAAAUUCUAUGUUUGUUAUUCAUGUAAUGUCACGAUGUAGAAAUCCACUAAAUCAAAAUAACCAUGUAUUCAUGUAACAACAAUGUUGAAUGUAUAAAUCAAAUUACAUCAUACACGAGUAAUGUGUUAAA